UCAGAUGAAGCCUUUUACUCACACGUGAGUCAUUUCGUCCGUGUUGAUGUUUCUACCAGCUCUGCCUCCGAUCUGAAUGACUGUGUGUGAGCCUGCAGGCGUGUGAAUGUGUUAGUUUGCUGUCCCUUUCGCUGUGAUUGGGUCGUGCACCGGUGCUUGAAUGCAUCACAGGGAGGGGAGACAGUUAUAGCCCACACAUUGAGACGGGAACCACUCAGACCCUGAGAGAUGUCUGGGACUGCAAACACAUCUGCGACCUCGCAGUCCGGGAAAAUGAAGAAGGACGAGUCUUUCCUCGGGAAAUUGGGAGGAACCCUGGUGCGGAAGAAAAAAUCCAAAGAGGUGAGUGAUCUCCAAGAGGAGGGGAAGAAUGCCAUCAACGCUCCGAUGCUCCCCCCCGGGACGGACAUCCAUCCUGAGGACACACUGAUGGAGGAGAAUGCUGAGAGGAUCAUGUUAGACCCAACAUCACGGGAGAAUCUGAAAUUUAAAGAUCUUCUGAAGGUCCUGAUUGACUGGAUCAACAGUGAGCUGGAGGAAGACAGGAUCAUAGUCAAAGACCUGGAGGAGGACUGUUAUGAUGGACAAGUGCUACAGAAGUUAUUUGAACAGUUAUCAGGGAGGAAGCUGAACGUGGCCGAGGUGACCCAGUCAGAGAUUGGACAGAAACAGAAGCUUCAGACCGUUUUGGAGGCCGUCAAUGAACUUCUGAGGCCUCAUGGCUGGACCAUUGAGUGGAGUGUGGACUCUAUCCAUUCAAAGAACCUGGUGGCUAUUGUUUACCUGCUGGUGGCUCUGGCCAUGCACUUCCAGGCCCCCAUCAGACUGCCCGAGCACGUUUCUGUGCAGGUGGUGGUGGUGAAGAAAAGAGAGGGCAUCCUGCAGACCGCUCUUGUGACCAAGGAGCUGACGAGCACCACAGAGAUGAUGUUGGGACGCUUUGAACGAGACGCAUUCGACACUUUGUUGGAUCACGCACCUGACAAACUCAACGUAGUAAAAACGUCUCUGAUCACCUUUGUAAACAAACACCUGAACAAGCUGAACCUGGAAGUCACUGAGCUGGAAUCUCAGUUUGCUGAUGGAGUGUACCUGGUUCUGCUGAUGGGGCUGCUGGAGGAUUACUUUGUCCCUCUUUACAACUUCUUCCUCACCCCUGAGAGCUUCGAACAGAAGGUUCACAAUGUGGCGUUUGCCUUCGAGCUGAUGCAGGAUGGAGGUCUGAAGAAACCCAAAGCCAGACCAGAAGAUGUCGUCAACCUGAACCUCAAGUCCACCCUCAGAGUCCUCUACAACCUGUUCACCAACUACAAAAACUCUGAGUGAAUUCCUCCAGUUCCCCUCCCUGAUAUCACUCUGAACACUGCCCUAGUGCCUCCUUGGAUAUUAUGUAUUACAGUCUGGACACUGGAGGAGACCAGCUGGGACUGAAAGUCAUCGUUAUGUUGGACUUAAAAAGACCCCUGGGGAGUAGCCCGGAAAAGGCUCUGGAUGUUAGUAUUUAAUCUUCCCCUAAUGUCAGAAUUUAUUUAUUCCUUCCUCGCAUGUUAACUGCAGCCCAGGAAACGCUGCAACCUUUAACCUGCAUUUGAAUAAAAGGCGUGACAUGAGCAAUGCACGAGGGCAGAAUGUUAACACGGGGAAACAUCAGUGUGCUAGACUCAACUCUUCAUUAGGGAAUAUUUAAGUUGAAAAUGCUGUUACAUAUUAUAUACGAUCUAAAAGUGCUUUGUGUAAAUAUUAAAGGAAUAGUUCAACAAUUGUGGAAAUAAACAUAUUUACUUUAA